CUUUGACAUGAUAAACACACCUUUGUGUGCGCGUCGGCUCGCUUCUCAUCCCCAACACCCUCCUCACGAUAAGAUGUUCAUGCUCCUAAAUUUUUGGGGUCUGCAGAAUAUGGCGUCCCGCCUUAUAAAAAUAAGGCUGCCAUUUUUGUUUCUCUUUUGUCUGGAAAUGUUUAAAGAAAACUGUCUGAGAAUGUCUGAGUUGCACCGGGAGACUCGAUCCGUGAAACCCUCCAUCAGCGAUGGCAGAGCCUCGAUUUAACAACCCGUAUUUCUGGCCGCCCCCUCCAUCGAUGCCAGGCCAGCUGGAUAACCUGGUGCUCAUUAACAAGAUCAAGGAGCAGCUGAUGGCCGAGAAGAUCCGACCCCUGCACCUGCCGCCUACCUCCACUCCUUCCCAGCAGUCUUUGCUGGUGCCCACCUCGUCCCCGGACGGUAACGCUCAGCACGUCAUGUCGGUGUCAAAGCCCCAGCAGGUGCAGGGCCAUCACCAGCAGCCGCAGGGUUCUGGACAACCGGACAUUGCUCUGCAUGCUCGCCCUGCUUCCAGCUCUGGACCAGGUACAGCCUUCACUUGGUUGUUUGUUGGCCCAGAUGGAAAUAUGGAUGACAAGUCAGCAGUGAAGGCCAAAGGAUUGUGGGAAGACUGGCACAUGAGACAGCUCAGCGAGCAACAGGGCCGGAUCAACCAUCGCUCAGGUCUGGCUCCUUCAUCCCGACCCGACAGCCACAGCACCUCGGAGGCCCUGACCCCCACGACUCCAACCUCCAGCAGCCAGAACCGCCUGGGCGGUGCCCCCUCUGUGAACAUCAUCUCCGGGCUGGCUAGCGGCCCUGGCAUGGACCACAUGAAAGUUGGAGGCCUGGCUGGACUGUUGGGGCCCCCACCCAAGGCACCCCGGGGACGGAAGAAGAUCAAAGCUGAAAACCCGGCUGGUCCUCUGCUGGUGGUGCCCUACCCCAUCCUAGCUGACCAAGGCUGUGUCACCGUGGCACCCAAAGAGGGCAAAACCUACAGAUGCAAAGUGUGCCCGCUCACCUUCUUAACCAAGUCCGAAAUGCAGAUUCACUCCAAGUCCCACACAGAGGCCAAACCCCACAAGUGUCCCCACUGCUCCAAGACGUUCGCCAAUGCCUCCUACCUGUCCCAGCACCUGCGCAUCCACCUGGGAAUCAAACCCUACCACUGCUCCUACUGCGAGAACUCCUUUCGUCAGCUGUCACACCUGCAGCAGCACACCAGAAUCCACACUGGCGAUAGGCCUUAUAAAUGUGCUCACCCCGGAUGUGAAAAGGCUUUUACCCAGCUGUCUAACCUUCAGUCUCACCAGAGGCAGCACAAUAAAGACAAGCCGUAUAAAUGUCCUAACUGCUACCGUGCCUACUCAGACUCUGCAUCGUUGCAGAUCCACUUGUCAGCGCACGCCAUCAAAAACGCUAAGGCCUACUGCUGUAGCAUGUGUGGCCGGGCUUACACCUCAGAGACCUACCUAAUGAAGCACAUGUCCAAACAUACGGUGGUGGAGCACCUAGUGAACCACCAGUCGCCUCAGAGAACCGAGUCCCCCAGCAUCCCCAUACGCAUCUCCCUCAUUUGAGCCCCCAGCCUCUCAGCAGCAGUUCAGAUUCAAAGUCUAUGUUAGGCUGGAGCUUAGGAGGCCCUUGCACCCACAGCCAUCUACAUAAGGCUUACAUUAGCAUUAUGACAGCUGACAUAAGCAUUCAGUGCUAGAUUCAGUAAACAGGCUGCCUCCAUCCAUCUUGACACAGGCCGUCUGUCAAAAAUGAGCACAGCGUUAUUUUGUGAAUGUAAAAAUACAGCUAGAUUUUGCCCGGAGGAUCGAGUGGCAAAGAAUGUCUUGCGUCAGAUUUAAUAAUAAGCACUUUCGUAAGCGUCAUGUAAACUGCCGGAUGCAUUGGCCAUCAGAAAAGUUUUAGUUAGGUUUCUUUUUUUCUUUAUCUUUUUCCAUGAAAUGGGUUUCCAAAAUGUGCCAGAUGAUAUUUGCCCUUAUAAAGAAUUGAGAGAUUAGAAAAACAUGUUUGGUGGGUGUAUUCUGGAGACAUCCAAAGACAUUUUUUAAGCACUUUUAGGCCUUGUGGUUUUGGCUCAAAUUGUUUCAAUCUUGUUGGAUGGAAAAUGCCGAAGGGCAUUACUUGUGGCAGCUAAGAGCACAGACUGUGUAUAAAUAAUAGUCUUUUUCCUGUUACUUUCUUUGAUUUUGUGAAAGUACACAUUGACAGGGUCAUCAAAAUUUGAAGAAAGGCAAUCGGUAGAUGACAAUUUAAACAUGUAAUGAUUGUAUUAAGAUGUUGCAUUAUUGACUUUGGGAGGCAAAAAGUAGAGCAACAUCCAAGGGAAGAAGGAUGAAUGUUUUUCUUAGUUUAAAAUCUUUCACUCCAUAGUUGACACUUAACUUUACAGCACCUUUAUGAUCAUAACACAAGAUCGAAGAAACACUGCUUUUUACAUUACCGUAAAUUCUCAAGUAGUGGCUGAGGUCUUUAUUCACCUCAGCUGCAGAGGGUACCAUGUUAAAUCUUUCUGACUGCAUUAUGUUGUUGAUACAACACUCAACAAUUUCAAAUCCAUUUCAAAUGAAAAGCGGCCAUACCAUUAAAUCUUCAAACUAUUGCAGCAGUAAUAUCUCAAUCUUUAUUAAAAAAAUAAAUAAAUGUCAGUAUAGCAUCAGCUUAUUCAUUUAUUAAAAUAACACAAUCUAUAAAAUUGGCAAACAACCUAAAAACAAUGUUUUAUUAUAAAGUUAGGUUCCUCACCCUAUUUUUGAUCUCAUCAUAUCACCUGCAGCCAUCUCUACUAGAUAACGGGGUAUGCCUGAGGUGCACAUUUUCCAGUAACCAGUUAGCGUGUGAGAAAUGGCUCAUGCAUAGCUUUUGUAGGUUUACGUCAUUUAUACAUGUGGCUCUAGGAAUCUAUCCACCCCCUUUUUUUUCUUUCUUUUUUUUUCCCUUCGAGCCUCUAUUUGUCUAUGGCAACCACAUCCCCGGCUUCUAUUAUAGAAUUUACGGUAUGUUUUCCAUACGUCCCAUUUUAACUCGUGCCAUAUAUAAACCUUGUUGAGGUUUUAAGAGAAAGCUAAACUUGUUACAGUAUGUGUCUGCUUUCUCUACUCAGUUUAGCUUUGACUAUUAGUUAUAAGUAUUAGAGGUUGAAUACAUUGCACAUGUAUCAGUGCCAGUUCUACUCUACUCAGCCCUACUUUUAAAAACACUUAAGCGGAAAUUUGAUUUUACUUGAGUGGUCAAUUUUAAACCCAGACAUUGGACCAAAAUGUGAAGUUAUUGUACAGCUACUCUGACCCAGUUACGUAUUUAAAAACAACAAUAAGCUUUAUCCAUUUAGAAUAAACUGCAGUAUAAGUCAUAUUCCAUAUUCUUAUGAUAUGAGUUGAUGUGGAUGUGAGUCUUCUUUUUUUUGAAAUGUUUUUUUUCUCCUUAGUAUUGUUUUUUUCUGUACACGGUAUUGGUUGUUGUAUUUUUACUGUAACUUUAACCUCUGGAUGGUACUAAUAGAGUACCCUGUAUUUUUCAGGGCACUUCAGAAAAGGUGCUACGGCUAGACAUUAUGUUUGAGAUGGAACUGAGAAUAAUGUAAAAUACAUAUACAGUAUAUAGUAUGUUUUCAAAAGAAUAAAAAACGUAUUACUCAAGCCACUGGCCGGAAAACAGACAUUUACGCCAACAACAGACCCUGCCUCCUCAACUUACUCUCUCUUUUGAGAUAAUGGGAAAAUGUACAUGUUGCUGUACUGUAAAACAUGUUACUCAUUUAUAGUACCUAUUUUUUAGUUUUCAUAAACAUGCUCUGUUUGGGUUUUGUAAAGGUUAUGUAUGAACUUACUGUAAUUAUUUUAGUCUACCCAUAUGUUAUUAAUAUCCAUGUUUUAUAUCAGUUAAUUACAUGUAAGCCUUAACUGUUAUCAUCCCAUUUCCAUUACUCUGUAUUGUGUUCUGCAGUAUUCAGUCGUGUAAACAUUUUCAUUUUUUUCCUUCCGCAUGGAGUUCCUGAGCUGUAAUCUGUAUGAUAACUGUUUAACCCAUGUUCUCUAUGAAAAGAUAUUGCGUAGAUUUAUUACACUUUUUCCUGUCUUGCAUUGUGGUUUCAUAUACAGUUUCUAGACAACUAAAUAUGCACAGCCAAGACUGAGAAGUUAAACUAAGGUUAUCAAUGUUUAAAAAAAAAAAGGAAAAAAAGCUUUGUAUCUUUACCUUGUUUAAUAAACAGACUGUUAUAAAUUCA